AUGUCUGCUUCUACCUCAUCAUGUCUUGACAUUGACGAGACUGCGCCCGCUGUCGUUGAGUGGGAGUACGACAAGGCGACGCACUGGCUAGCCAGGCCCGACCCCAAGAUCGACAACAUCACACUCAAACUCCGUAUGAACGAGUCUCGCGCUCUUGUCGAACUGUCUUUCCCUAUCAACCUCAAAAGCGUCAACAGUCUUUCAACCAUCAUUAUUUCCAUAACGCCCUCCUCGAUCACGUCCUUUGACUCUACCUCUGUCACCAUAGUUCCCGAUGCAGUCCAAGAAAAGUUCCAUAGUCCGGUUACUCGCUUGAGUUUCCAAGUGAAUAAAAGUCUUCAGCUUCUCGCUCCUGUCGCUGUCAAAGAACCGCUGGCACCAACUCGAUCACAGUCGGGCACAGUUCUCGACGCUCUCCGUAUACUCUCUGAUGUAACAUCUUUCGGUGUCUACAUUGAGGCGUCCAAGCUGUCCAAAUCCCAGCUCCAAUCCAUCCGCGACGCCGUGAGUCAGUCUCGUCUGACGCCAUCUCAUGACCACCAUGAUCUUGCAAGCAUGUAUCGCGGCUCCGGAGCCAAGAUCGUCAACCUAUCACCACAUGUCCAAGACGCACCGCCAUCCUACGACGAGACCGAACCUCCACCGCCCGCCCCACCGAUCAAUGAGAAAAAACGCCGACGAGUCGACAGUCAAGACGGAGACAACGAGAUCGCUCGGAUUUGGGCUGAGCUCAAAGCAAGAAAUGAGCAGGAUCGGCUUGUUCAGCAGGAACUCUCAACACUGAGACAGGAGAACCGAAGCCUCAAAGAAGACCUUGACCAGCUCCGCCAACAAGUCACAACCUUUCGCAGCGACUUCAGCAUCCUGCAACGAGAUGUUGAACAACUCCAGGGCCAAGACACACAGAACUCUGUUGUCUUGGAGGGAUACGACACCAGGCUAGUCGAGCUGCGCGACGAUCUUGAGGAUCUGGACGCAAAGGUCGAUUCCAUUCAAGAGCACAGAGAUGAGAAUGGUGUGGCCCAGUCGUUUCUCGAUAAAGUCAGGAGUGAUGUGUACGACGAUAUCGUCACGCGCCUAACGGGUUGA